AUGACAAAAAGGAAAAGAUCGACGCUUAUCUCCCCAGAAAGUGUGACUGGAGCAACAAGCUCAUCUUCUCCAACGAUCAAUCUUCCGUUCAAAUCGCUAUUGCUGAAGUUGGUGAAAAUGGUCAAGCUACUGGAUCUAAGACCAACGUCGUCCUCUGCGGUUCUGUCAGAUCUAAGGGUGAAGCUCAUAUUGCCUUAGAAAAUAUCCUUAGAGAAAGAGGUCUUUACCCCAUCUAAGAAUGAUUAGACUAAUCUACUUUACUUUAAAUUUAACAAAAAUUAACAAUUGAUAAAUAUAUAAAUUAAUUUUAAAUGUAGAUUUAUGUUUUUUGAAUUGCAAUUUAUUUAAAUAUGCUUUAAAUUUAUACUCUUCAAAAAUCUUUGA